AUGAUGUUCAAGGCCGCGCACGUCUUGCUGCAGCGCGCCGUCGGCGGCGACGCGGCCGCGGCUGCGGCGCUCGACGAGACACUCUCGACGGCCGGCAUCACUGCGGAGCUGCUCGGCGCGCUCACUCUGGCUCCUCCCGAUCCGGCGCAGAGGGCGCAGGUGGAGGCGCUCGGGUCGCUGGGCGGGCAGAAGCUGGAGCCGCUCGGCCGCGCCGUGGUGCUCGCCAUGUCGGCCAGCCUCGGUGCCUCGGAGUACGUCUGCUGGCGGCACCUUCUCGCGGCCUCUGCCGCUGGAGAGCUCGACGCUGCACCCGGCGAGCCGCUGCAGGAGGGGCUGCUCGUGGCGGACGCGACCGCCGAGCGCGCGGCGGCGUCGCUGCUGCGCGAGCGCCAGUGCACGCUCCUUCUCCUCCUCGACUGCGUCAAGCUCGCCUGCACCGCCCCGGGUGCCAGGAGCCCGGCGGCGCAGGCCGCGGCCGCCUGCGCCGCUCGCUUCGUCACGGCGGGCUCCCCGCCGGCGGCCGGGCUGGCGCGCCUCCUCCAGUCUCUCUCGUCCCUGCUCCCCACCUCGCUCGAGCUCCGACUGCUCACCUGCGCCCUCGUCCGCCUCCUCGCCCCUCCACACGCCGCCGCGCCCGAGUCUGCCGCCGCGCCGCCGCCGCCGCCGCCGCCUCCUCCUCCUCCUCCUCCUCCGCGCGAGUGGGUGUCGGCGGUAGACAUGCUGCGCGCGCGCGGCGCGGUGCAGGAGUCGGAGCAGGUCGUGCGUGUGCUCGCGUCGUGCUUCCCUCGCUGGGCGGCGACGCUGCGCCUGCUCGCCGCCCUCGCCGCCCGCGCCGAGCCGCUGCGGCUCGAAUGGCACAGCGCGGGCGCGGCGCUCUCGGACGGGCGGUGGGGCGAGCAGUCGCUCGAGCCCCUCCUCCUCGCCCUCCUAGCCCCGGCCGCCGACGGCCCUCCGCCGCACGAUUCGCCCCUCUGCUCCGCCGUCGCCGCGCUCGUGCAGGUCGCCGCGGCGCGGCUCGGCGGGCCGUCCCCGCCGCUGCCAGGCAUCGUCCCUUCCGACGGGGGCGCGUUCGCGGCGGCCCCGAUGCUCGCCGCGCUGCUGCGCCUCGCGCGCGAUCGAGCCCCCUUGGCGGAGAUCGGCGCCGAGCUCGUCCUCGCCGCGUGCACCCACCCCACCGCCGCGCCAGCCGCCCUCGACGCCCUCGCCGCCUCCGCCGCUCUGCCUCCUCUCCUCGCCGCCACGUCCGAGCUGGUGCUGCCCCUCGCGCGCUCCUCCGCCGCCGACGCCACCGCCCUCCUCCACGCCGCCGGCUUCCGCUUCAAGAUCGCCGCCGCCGCGCUCGCCGCCGCCACCCGCCCCGCAUCUUCUCCCUCGCCCGAGGCGCUCUCGGACGGGCGGUGGGGCGAGCAGUCGCUCGAGCCCCUCCUCCUCGCCCUCCUAGCCCCGCCCGCCGACGGCCCUCCGCCGCACGAUUCGCCCCUCUGCUCCGCCGUCGCCGCGCUCGUGCAGGUCGCCGCGGCGCGGCUCGGCGGGCCGUCCCCGCCGCUGCCAGGCAUCGUCCCUUCCGACGGGGGCGCGUUCGCGGUGAGCGAGGCGCGCGGCGAUGGCGCCGUCCAGCUGCUCGACGCCGCGGCCCUCGACGCCGCCCUCCCCGGCGCUGGGGCGGCGGAGCGGCGGUCCGCUUUGCGCGCGGCCGUCGCCUUCAACGAGCUGCAGCAGCAGGCGCACGCAUGUGGGCACGCCCUCCGCGGCUUGCGCGACGUGUGCGUGCUGCUCGGCCGCGGCUGCGGCGAGAUCGACUACUCUGCCCCGCGUCUGCAGGCCUCCGAGGCGGCCUUCGGCUGGCUGCCCUCCCUCCCUCCCUCUGCCGCGCCCCACCUCGCGCCUCCUCUCUGCGAGUGGGCCUCCGCCCUGCUCGUGGCUCGCGACGGAGGCGCGGCGGACGCCGAGGCGGAGCGCACGGCGGCGCUGCACGCGAGACUGCUCUCUCCGCUGCUCCGCGCCAGCAGCGCGGCACUGCUUGCCGCCAAGAGCGACCCGGCCCGCCGCCACGCGGCCGGCGUCGCCGCCGAGGUGGUCGGUUGCGACGCGGCUCGCCGGCGCGCGAUGGUGCGGCUGCUGCGCGCGCCGCUGCGCUUCCCGCCGCGCUCGCGCGCGCGGCUGGCGGCCCUCGCGAGUGCGCGCGGCGUCGCCGCCCUGCUCGCGCCGCUCGCCGCGUCGCACGCGCCACUGUUGCUCAGCUCGGGCGGGGCCGACUUCGUGGCCGCCAGCACGCGCCUCCUCUCUCCCCUCGCCGCCGCGCUGGUCGACGCCGCCGCCGCGGCCGAGGGGGGGUCGACGGCGCACCGCGCCACCGAGUGGGGCGGGGGGGGAGGGGACGGCAGGAUUCGGGCUAUGGCGGGGGGAGGGGACGGCCGGCUCCUCGGCCUCUCCCUCGACGAAGCCGACGUCGAGAUGGGCGGCGACGGCGGCGCGGCGGCGGAGGCGGCGGCGAUCGAGGCGCUCCUCGCGCCGCUGGUCGCGUUUGUGCACUCCGCGGCGCGGCCGCCGCUGAGUGAGGCGCUCCUCUUCUCCCCGUCGCUGCGCGAAGGCGGUGCUCUUGCGGAGGGGGCGCCCCCCAUCGCAGCCGUGCGGCGGCUGAUCGGCGCUUGCCGCGGCCGCCUCGUCGCUGCGGACGAGCGGUGCGCCUCGCUCGCCUCGCUCGCCAAGUCGCUGCCCUCAGCGACGGCGCAGCAGCUGCGGGGCACCUUCGCCUCGCUCUCAGACGAGCUGCUCGCGGCGGACUCGACGCCGCUCGCCCUGGCGUCCCGCACUGCAGGUGGUCUUGACUCGCUCCGCCCGCCGCCGCGCCACUUCGACCAGCCGCAGCUGGCGCGUUGCACCGAGCCGCCGGAGCCGGCCGCACUGCAGCCGGCCGCGCCGCUCACGCACGCCGCCGCGGCCGCCGUCGCGCGGGCGCCGCGCGCGCUCCGCGCCGCCGCCAAGCGCGGCGACCCGUCCGCCCCGGGCGAGCCGUCACUGGCCGUCUGCCUGUCGUCUCUGCUGCAGCUGGCGCCCGCGGCGGCGUUUGCGAGGCACGAGGCGCAGCUCGCGCUCGUGCACGCCCUCGCGCGCAAGGCGCUGGAUCUGCUCUCGGGCGAGCCGGUGCUGUAG